GCAGGCUCCCACUCCAUGAGGUAUUUGUUCACUGUCGUGUCCCGGCCCGGCCGCGGGGAGCCCCGGUACGUGGAAGUCUGCUACGUGGACGACGUGCAGUUCGCGCGGUUCGACAGCGACGCGGCGAGUCGGAGGAUGGAGCCGCGGGCGCGGUGGGUGGAGCAGGAGCGGCCGGAGUACUGGGCCCAGCAGACGCGGGACUCCAGGACGUGCACACAGACUCUCCGAGGGAAUCUGAACGAAGCGCGCGGCUACUACAACCAGAGCGAGGUAGGUGAGCGACGCGGGCAGGGGACAGAUCACGAUCCCCAUCCCCCCGGACGGCCAGGGUCGCCCCAAGUCUCCGUGUCCGAGCGACACCCCGAGGCUGCGGGACACCGCCGUCCCCCGAACGGGGAAGAACCCUUGGGGAGUCUACUCGGUUUGGUUUUCAGUUUAGGCUUUAAUGACGAUAGGUCGUGGUGGGCCGGGGCCAGGGUCUCAUACCUUCCAGAGAAUGAUAGGGGGCGACGUGGGCCUGAUGGGCGCUUCCUGCUUGGGUACCUUCGUGAUGCCUACGACGGCGCGGAUUACAUCGCCCUGAACGAGGACCUGCGCUCCUGGACCGCGGCGGGCACGGCGGCGCAGAUCACCCGGCGCAGGUGGGAGGCGGCCGGUGUGGCAGAGCGCUCCAGGAACUAUCUGGAGGGCACCUGCGUGGAGUGGCUCGGCAGGUACCUGGAGAACGGGAAGGAGACGCUGCAGCGCGCAGAACCUCCCAACACACACGUGACCCACCACCCCAUCUCUGACCAUGAUGUCACCCUGAGGUGCUGGGCUUCUACCCUGCAGAGAUCACCCUAACGUGGCAGCGUGAUGGGGAGGACCUGAUCCAAGACACAGAACUUGUGGAGACCAGGCCUGCAGGAGAUGGGACCUUCCAGAAGUGGGAGGCUGUGGUGGUGCCUCCUGGACAGGAGCAGAGAUACACGUGCCAUGUGCAGUAUGAGGGGCUGCCCGAGCCCAUCACCUUGAGAUGG